AUGUGUUUGUUUCAAGUCAAAAGGGAGGAUCAGCAAGAAGCAGACCGUGUUUUGGAUAAUUAUGUUAGGAAAAAGGUCAAGGACAUUUUGUACCAAGCUCAUGUGGAUGCUGUCAAGGUGUACUACAAGGACGUACUGAAGCAGAACCUAGAUGACAAGUUGGCACGACCGAUGGAGCUUACAUAUGAACAAUACCUGAAUGGCAGAGUGAAGUGGUGCAAGCGUGCUGCAUGGCCUUCUCUUUGUCGUUAUUGGUGCUCAGAAGAGUUCCUCACAAAACAAAAGAGGGGGCAGGAAUCUCGGUUAUCUUCUGAUGAUAUUGCUCAAAAUCAUGGUGGAUCUAGACCAUUUGGGGAGACAAGACAACUUUUGGGUGAGAAAUUUGGCCCUGGGAGUGCAACUGAUAUGAACACUUUCAAGGUGAUGAAGUGUGGAAUGAAAAAUGCGGAUGACACUGGCAGACCUGGUGCAAUCAGUAGCCACAAAGCACAAAAGAUUGUGGAGGUUCCAGAAAAUCAUAAAAGGCACCUUGCAGCUCUACAAACAAAUCUCCAGAAUUUCAUGGAAUGCCAAUUCAUUUUAUUUCUCGUCAGGGCCACUAUUCACUUGUAUAUGCUUCAUGUAUGCUGCCCACUAGUUCAUCCCAUGUUGGUGAGGACAUGGAUGGAGAGGACGAAGAGGACCGAGGACGAAGAGGACAUGGAUGGCAGCUACAUGGAAGGAGAGGACACGGAGGAGGACAUGAAUGAAGAGGACAUGUAUGAAGAGGACAAAGGGGAUGAAGAGGACAGGGAUGAAGAGGACAUUGACGACAACAAUGGGGGCAGCAAUGCUGGAUCAUACAUCGAUGACUUCUGUGAUUUGGGAUAUAUAUGGUAA